AUGCUUGUUCAAACUGCCCUCGUCGCAUUGAGUGCGACCCUGGCUGCCGCCGUCAAGCCCCUCACUGUCAAGGGCAAUGCCUUUGUCAACGAUGCUGGCGAAAAGUUCCAGAUCGUCGGUGUCGAUUACCAGAUCGGCGGAAGCGCUGCCUAUGACCCCGUCCACAACCGCGACCCUCUCAGCAACGGCGAUGUCUGCUUGCGAGACGCUGCCCUGCUACAGCGCCUCGGCGCCAACGCCAUCCGGGUCUACAACCUCGACCCCAACCUGAACCACGAUGCUUGCGCCUCCAUCUUCAACGCCGCUGGCAUGUACAUGAUCCUCGACGUCAACUCGCCCCUGCCCGGCGAGAGUCUCACCAGCGUGGAGCCCUGGACCAGCUACUACGCUGCCUACCUGAACCGCACCUUCGCCAUUGUCGAAUCCUUCAAGAGCUACCCCAACACACUAGCUUUUUUCUCUGGCAACGAGGUCAUGAACGAUGUCAAGACGGCCGAGUUCGUUCCUCAGUAUCUGCGCGCCGUCACUCGCGAUCUGAAGAACUACGUCUCCAAGCAUGCCGACCGCCCCAUUCCUGUUGGGUACUCGGCCGCUGACGUCCGCGAGAUCCUUGUCGAUUCCUGGAACUUCCUGCAGUGUGCUGAGAACGGCGACGAGAAGGAUCCUAGCCGUAUCGACCUCUUUGGUCUCAACUCGUACUCUUGGUGCGGCGACUCUGACUUCAAGAAGUCCACCUACGACCAGCUCGUCUCAGACCUGAAGGAGUCUUCCGUUCCUAUUUUCUUCUCCGAGUUUGGCUGCAACCAAGUCACACCUCGUGUUUUCACUGAGAUUGGCGCCAUCUACGGCCCCGACAUGAAGGAUCUCUUCUCGGGCGGCCUCGUCUACGAAUACAGCCAGGAGGACAACAACUUUGGCAUCGUCAAGGUCAACGACGACAAGUCUGUCGAGCUGCUGAUCGACUAUACAAACCUCGCCACCCAGUACAAGAAGGUCGACUUCAAGUCUCUCCAGGCCGAGAAGGCGCCCGCCAACUCCCCCAAGCCUCCCAAGUGCGAAUCGUCCCUGAUUAAGGAGAAGGGCUUUAACAACAACUUCACUCUGCCGGAUGUUCCCCCCGGAGCCCAGGAGCUGAUCGACAACGGCAUUAAGAACAAGCCUUCCGGCAAGAUCAUCUCCAUCUCCGACUGGACCGUCAAGCACAAGGUCUACGACGUUGGCGGCAAGACAGAGAUCACUGGCCUCGCCGUUUCGCCACUCGCCGACUCUGACGCCAACACUCCCGGCACCAACACAGGCGGCUCGACUGCUCCCGCCGCCAGUAGCACUUCCACUCCUACCGGUACUGGCACUGCCUCUUCUUCCACCCCGUCGACGAGCAACAACCCUGCAGUUCCGUUGCGCCCCAAAGUCGCUGCCAUGGCCGCGCCUCUGCUUGCUCUCCUUUUUUUGUAA